UACAAACGACCCCUCUCCUCCACCGGCCCGCCCAUAGUUGGACUCGAAUGACAGCAGAAACUAUUUUGAGGUUAUUUCAGUGUUUUGACCUGUCAAAGGACUGAAGUAAUUUGUGAAUAACUGCAACAAUGACUUCUUGGAUCACUGUGACACCCAGACUGCAGCAGGGAUUGGAAGUCGUCACUCAAAUAGACAACGCAAAAUUUCGUCCCUUGGUAAACCGAAUUUGCCAGAGUUUAAAUUCAGGAAAAACUGAAAAAGCAUUUAGUCAGGACGAAGAAGAGAAACUACUGGUUUCCUUGAAUGUCAAACGAGAUGAAUUGGACCUACUUCUUGAUACCAUCACAUUGAUAUACUCUCAAGCUGCAUUUGGUGUUGUUAAACCGGCAGUUAUGGAGUCGGUGAUGAAGGAAUCUUUCCCAGUGUCUGAGGACAAAGUCUCGAUAUUCGUGAAUGCUUGGAUUACAUAUGCAAAGGGGAUCAUUGACGUUUUGAGGCAUAAGUCAAUUUUUCCUAGUGAGGUCGAGGACGUGAAGUGGACACUGAACAUUCCAGCAGCAUCAUCUGCAAUUUCUCUGGAGGCAAAACCCUCAAUUCUCCUCCAACUAGACCUCACUGGAACUGAAUCGAAAAGAUUAACCGUCGAAAUGGAUAAAUCCCACCUCACAGAGUUCUACAACCACUUGGAAAAAAUCCAGAGUCAGCUAGACGCUUUGAAAUAAGGUAGAAAAUAUUUUAAAUUGAGCAUUUGUACAUAUUCUUUUUAAUAAUAUCAGAGAAAUAAUUUUUAUAUGUAUAUCUGGCCAACUUAUUCACGAUGUUGUAGUAAAGUUUUCGUAUAUCCUCGAUGUAGGGGGGUGGUAUUGACUCAGGGAGGCAUAGUAAUUGGAAUUAACACCGAGGAUAACUUCCUCGUUCGAUUGAGUCUCAUUCUUGCGCCGUGACUGCCUAUUUUCAGUGCUUCUUAGUCUCAUGUUAUUUGGAUGAUCAAAAGACACUGUCUCGAGGACUCGAGAACCUCUGUUGAAUAAUUUUCCCUUCCACACGACUAAAACGACGAUGAGAAUCAUGAGGAAGAGAAUGAGCGUUGUCACUGCUCCGACGAUCCAACCAAGGAUUCCAUCAGCUGAAUAAAAAUUUAUAGAAUUAGAGAUAAAUGACAGAACAAAAUGAUCGAGGAGAGUAGGGCCCGAGUCGAAUAUUGUCUAAUGGUUAUAAAAUCGCUAAUAAAAUUUCUUAUUAGUUUUUAAAAUUCAGUAAAAUUGAGUUCUCCAUGAAAAUUUAA